UACAGAAUCUAUAUCCAAUCUCGUACCGGCAUCUUCUACUAUUACUCAAGGAAUACGACAACCUUUGAGCAAUCUUAUUGAGGUUUCUAACCCAGAGUAUCAUAAACCAAGAGGGCGGCCUUCUAAACGACUUAAAUCAGCUGUUGAAGAAGAUUCAACAUCUGUUAAUAAGUCAGAGAAUACUGUUCUUAAAAUGUGUGGAUAUUGCUUCGGCAAAGGCCAUAAUAUUCGUAGUUGCAAAAAAUAUAAAUUUGAUAUGGGUAACAAAGAGAAUUGUUAG